UUGGGCUCCACUGCUCUGAGAACCUACUGACAGACAGCAGGUGAACGCCGCAUUUAAGCGCAUCCAAAGGUGAACACCUGAGGAAGUCUGACCUGAAGCUGCCGGGAGAUGAGGUGGAAGGCAGGUCGCUACCCACAGCCUGAGAACAACACACUCAGCAAAGCCCAGACCAUGAGGAAGCAGCAGAGGGGACGCUCAGGGCCCAGGGCUCCCCGACCCGAGGAGGAGAAUCCCAGGAUCCCAAGUAGGCCAAUGCCGGUCUACACAGCCAAGAAGAGGCCUCUCCUAGACCCUCUUCUUACUAGUCACCCACCUGUCAAGAAAUCUGACUUGAGCUCUGUGGGCCAUUCAGUGUUUCCCAUCACAAGACCUGAAGUCAGCACCUUCUCCAGUAGUGGACGAAAUAGAGGACAGGCAGUGGCUCUCACUGACACCCCCAAGCCUGCAUUAAACCACUAUGGCCAGGACUCUCUUAUCUUUGACAAGCUGGCACACCACAGGGAAAAUGAUGUCUCCCUUUCAGCUCCCCAGGAUGCCACAAAAAUCCUUGGUCUCAGCCAGGUCCUGCAGCCCCAGGCAGGAGCCAAGUGUCCUGCUCUGAUCUCACAGCCCUGCCCACCGCCUGCCACACGUAGGUUGGGCCAAGUCUUCAAUCUCAACAUCAGGGCACCAGGCAAGAGAUCUGCCCAGAGGCCCAGCCAGACUUGCCAGCAUCCCCAAAAGAAACCGAGACACAGCCCCUUGCAGACCCCUCAGAAGAGCACUGGCAGAUCGGAGCUGCGCCCUGUGAACAAUGACCAGUCUCCACCAAGAGCAGCUGGACUUCAAGCAAAAGUGUCACCUGAAUCGACCAAGAAGAAAGCAGCCCAAGUACCCAGCGCUGGGUUGCAACCUCCACAGCGCAGAGCUCCCCUGAACCCUCUCCAGGCCUGCACCGAGUCCCGUCUCUUGUCACCCAGCUCUGCUCCAGGCCAGCCCCUCAGGAUGACCUUCAGGAGACUGGACAAUGGACAGUGGAUCUCCAGCCUCCUGCCAUCUGCCUUUUGCCUCCCUCCUGAGAAGCCAGGCCCUCCUGCUCUGAGACCACACUUCCUAGAGAAGUGUGAGGAUAAGUGUGUCUGUGUCCCAUUGAAUGUCCUCUUUGAAAACUUUCGUAUUGCCUCCUCUGAGGACAGUGAGUCAGAGUGAGACACGAGGUGGAGGGAGACUCAGCUUCCAGCCUCAUGGCCUGGGAGGGGACUGUUGGGCUGAGGAGGAGAUGGUGGAGGGAGCAGCCUGGGUCUGGAGAAUCACCUUCUCCAGCCUUGGAGCUUGUGCCAAUGGUGGAACCCCAGAUAAUGUUGGACACAGACAGACACUGCAUGCUUGAAUUAUGGAAACUCAAAUUGUGUUGAAAUGGCACUUGUUUAAGAGGCUUUUAAACUUUUUUUAAUGAAGUUAAUUGUGUAAUAAACUGAGUUGACAUGUAAGAGUAAGUUGUAAAUUAUAAUGUGAAGAGCAAACUGGGAAAUGAUUUUGUAUUUGGGAUUUGAAUGACUAAAUUUGGAGAAUUUUUAGAUAAUUCCUGUGAACUGAAUCUCUGAAGCUGUGCCUGGCCUCAGCAAUGUCCCUUGCCUGGGCUGGGGGGCCAGAAGUAGCAAGAGGAGGAACAAGCCGGGCUUGAGGUCUCUGGUUCUGUUCUAAUGAUCUCAGUAGGACAAUUGACCCCUCUGAGAGAACACAUACACACACACACACACACACACACACACACACACACACACACACACACACACACACUCAGUCACUAGCCAGAGGAAGAAAGGAAGAGGUCAGGUUUGGGUAUAUGCACCUGGGACCCCUGGGCAGUGCUGGCUCCAUUCCUGGAUGUGGCCACAUCUGCUAAAUACUUUGUUUUGCAUUUGCAAGUGUUCUCAACAUUUCGAAUAUUUGGAGGAACUUUGUAUGUGCAUAUGUUUAAAGUACAUGAAAUUUAGCGGGAAUUGCUGAAUUUUAGGUAUUGAAUUGUAUGAUUCUGCUUUGGAGAGGACUAGAUUUAUUACUGGGUUUCAUGAUUUAACAGUUGUGCUGUAUUACCCCUUGUGAACAGACAUGAGAUGUUUGGUUUUGGGUGUUGUGGGAUAUCUAUGAAUCACAUUCAUGACUUUCACUGAUUGAAAUACGAGUAAAUUUUUAAGAUAGGUAUGAUGUUUUUACUUUUCCAUGCCUUCUGUGUGUAUAGAUUGUUUCAUGUAUUUUAGUAGGUUAUCAAAGUAAUUCCCAUAGAGUCUUGUGGGGAUCAAGUAGGCUGGGAAGUCUACAUUUUUUUUGGAGAUACCUGCUCAUACUGCAUAAUCAUUGAAUGUGACAUUGUGUAUACAUGGUUAUUAAAUUUGAUUGUAAACCUGUAGCUUUUAAAUCUUUUUCA